GUUUAUUGUAAUUCUAACAAACACAUUCACACAUUGCCACCAUGCACAGCAUGCGCCUAUGGAAUCUGAAGCGGCUGGCGCUGCUGCUCGGCGCGGUCGUCUUACUGUACUUAUUCGUGUUCUCUGGCGGCUAUCACAAGUAUCAAAUAGACGGCGUUAUCGACAAUGCCAGACCGGAAGCAGUUUGGGAGUAUGUGGCGGACUUCAACAAAAUGCGCCUGUUGAAUCCCACAAUCAUCAAUUUUAGAAUUCUCGCCGAUCAGGGCCACGCCCACGACUGGCGCUACACGGUAAGGUAUACGGAGCGUCUGUCGCACUGGCCGCACUGGCUGAACGAAGCCACCGCCCACUAUGUGGUGACCAAGACCCUGCCGGGCGUCCAUCCGCCCGCGUGGUCCAUCCAAUCGACACACGAGACCUGCUUCCUCGGCGGCCACUACUGCCUGCACUCGCGCAGCGAAUUCAGUUUCAGCUCAAUAGGAGCGGGCACAUAUGCCAAUGAGAAGAUCCAAUAUCAGUGCCCGCCGUUCCUGGGCACCGCCUGUCGCCGCGAGCUCGAGUUCCAGCGCCGCGCUGUGAUGCACAAUCUGACUCAGAUAUUCAAGCGGGCUUAGUCCCAGGUCAGCGCCUGCAAUAAUGAAAGUCUCGUAUUCCAUUCUAUUCAUUCUUUUGCUCUAUUUCUUUGUAUUUUCACAUCUAAAAAGUUUUAAAAUUACAUUGUAUUGAAUGAUCAACUCAACUAAAUUAACAAACAGAAAUUGUUGCUAAGUAUUUGUUCAAUUAUAACAAAACAAUUAAAAUACAUGAUUCCAAUGUAUACUAAAUCGAAAAUUCAGGCAUAGUAUAGAAUAUUCUUUACAAAUUG